UGCUAUAUUUUAUCAUGUUAUAAUUUGAAUGAUAGAAUGGUGUCACGUGAAGAGAGGAAAGUUUGUUAUGUCUAAGAAUUCACUUUGCAACAUAUCAAUUCAUGUUCAAGAGUGUUGUUUGCCAACAUCCUGCUGUAGAUUAGCACUGUUCCAGUCAGCGCGUAUACGCAUGUCACCCUCUCAGCAUCUGCGGGCGAGUGGUUCCCCAGUGUGAUCGGCGAUUCCCACAGAUUGCCUCCAACCGCUCGCAGCACCCCAGUGACACAUUGUGUUGAUUAGCUCGCAAGCAUGGCGAACUCGUCGUACUGCGGCGACUUUGACUACCUUGUCACGGCUUACAAGAAUCUGCACGGGUACGUGAGCUUGUCAGUGUGCAUGGCAGGGACCGUGAGCACCGGCCUCAGCAUGGCGGUGCUCUCAAGACCAGAGCUGGCUGCACCCACCUCCUCCCUCCUGUCCGCGUUGGCUGCUGCGGAUGCCCUUGUCAUGUUGGAGUACAUUCCGUUUGCUUUGCACCAGUACGUGAUGGUCGAUCGGCCGCCGACCGAGAGGUUUUCCUACGCCUGGGCUGUAUACGUCCUUUUCCAUGCAAUCUUCACUCAGGUUUUUCACACAAUCAGCAUCUGGUUGACCGUGACUUUGGCUGUGUGGCGAUAUUUAGUGGUACGGUACCCGACUCAAAGUAGAGAAUGGUGCUCAGAAAAGGGCACAAGAUACGCUAUUUUAGCAGCGUACGUUGGAUCUUCAAUCAUUUGCAUUCCUCUAUACUUGUCAUUCUCUGUAUCGCCAUUCGAAGGUGGAACCGUCUACUAUGUCAGACUAAGCAAGCUUGGCGGCGCUGGAGGCCAGUUGUUAAUCUACAUUAAUUUCUGGAUCUAUUCGGUCCUAAUAAAACUGCUGCCCUGCGUCAUUCUGAGCUUCUUGAGCCAAAGACUUCUGGCUGCUCUGUGGGAAAACAAACAGCGUCGUAGAUCGUUACUCAAUAAAGAUGACAAAGAUGGCGACAGGACGAGCCGGCUCCUACUCGCCGUUCUCAUUCUCUUCCUGGUCACAGAGCUGCCCCAGGGAAUUUUGGGCCUGUUGACCGUUUUCCUUGGCGACAACUUCUUUGCCCAGUGCUACACGAGCAUGGGCGAGUUGAUGGACCUCCUUGCCCUCACUUCCAGUACCCUGAACUUUCCCCUCUACUGUCUCAUGAGCAGACAAUUUCGUGCUUCAUUUGCUGCUAUUGGCAAGGCUAUGUUCAACAAAAUCUUCCACAGAGACAAUCCCCAGCAAGCAGUUAACAAGGGCAGAAAUACUAGAUCGUCACAGUUGUAGACUCUCUUUCUGAUUUCAAGAGUUUUAUUGGUCACAAGGAUGCAAUUUUUAGAAUUUCAUGCUUUAAUUAUUUCUUAAGACUUGAAGAAGCCCGUAGGAUGUAACAUAUUUAUUGGGUUUUUCUGUUGUACAGAAAUCAUUGUGUAGAAAUAAAUGGCGAAUAAAUAAAUUAAGUAAUUAAGAAUGGUGAUAUCUCAAAAUAUCAAAUAAAAAACACUUUUUGUCCUAAAUAAAAAUCUUAUUUUCAAGAGGCUUAUCAAAAUUAUUAAAAGACAGCGUUAAGUGCGUUGCCGCCAAUUUUAUUGACGAAAAGUCUCCAAUUAGUUUCCAAAGGAUGGAAUUAGGUAUUAUCAAGUGUCUAUGAAUUAUCCAGGGGGCCAUUGCAUCUGUCUGCCACCAAGAAUGUGAAUAUGCAAGUGGUACACAGAUUGAGCUCCGUCUUUUCCGUCAUUAACUACAAGGCGGAAACCUUUUUCCAAACCUUGCUCCUUGGCGACGCGACGGGCUACCAGCAAGAGAUGUCCCAGCAACUGUGUAAAAAUUUAGUGAAAUAACUAAAUUGUUUGAAAGCUAGGGAAAGAACGCAAACCUGUUCAUCAGAAUCUUCAGCCUUAGAGAGCUGGCUGAUUGGCUUGCGAGGAAUUACAAGAAUGUGCUUUGGGGCUUGGGGACUGAUGUCAUUGAAGGCAACACACUGGAAUGAAGAAAAAAGUGUUUCAGAUUUAAUAAAAAUGUGAACUGUAAACAGAAAAUUUUAUUGCAACCGAUUGCAACCCUGAAUAUAAAUUUCUUCACAAAAACAAAUUAUUUAAUUCCGACACAGAUAGAUUACCUGUUUAGAAAUUAAUAAGUUAGCAUCACUGACACAAUGAAAAUAAGUGAUAAUUACAUAUAUUAUAAAAUAUCUCUCAACUCUUUAAAGUUUCAUGAAGCAGUCUUCCUUUUAAGAUUCAUAUGAAGCAGCUGUUUAGAAAGCUAUAAUUUUCUUCAAUUAAGCAUGCUUACUUGUUCAUCUUCAUAAAGAAAUUCGCAUGGAAUCUCUUUUCGCACUAUCUUGCCAAAAAUUGUGUCUCCUUCAGGGGCAGCCUGCUGGGCCUUAUUCACUUCAUCGGCCAUAGUCGUCUUGCAACGCGGAGUGAACCUGAUAAGAAAU